AUGAAGGCAGGCAUCGAGAGGCCGCAGCAGCAGUCGGAGAAGAAGCAACGCGGCAGGCCGCCGCUACGCGCGAGGGCGGCCGCCCUGCUCUGCGCGGCCUGCUUCCUCCUGGGUGUGCUCUUCAGCAGGGGAGUCGACUUCCUGCCAUCGGAUGACAGAGCAAGAGCUGCUUCCUCUUCUUGCGAUCCGAACAUCGCCAACUCCGCGCAGGACUGCGAGCGCAACCGCAGAUUAGGCGAACCCAAUCCGAGAGACAUAAGGAGGGAAGUAUCGAACACCCGUCGAGCAAUCCGGUCCUUGGAAAAGUUCGUCGCAUCGUUGGAGACGGAACUGGCAGCAGCGAGGACGAACAGCCUCGGACGAGGCCCGAAGAAGGCGUUCGUCGUCGUCGGAAUCAACACCGCUUUCAGCAGCAAGAAGCGGCGGGAAUCGGUUCGAGCGACAUGGAUGCCGAGAGGAUCGAAGCUGAGGAGAUUGGAAGAGGAGAAGGGCGUGGUCGUGCGGUUCGUGAUCGGCCGCAGUGCCACGCCCGGAGGAGCUCUUGAUCGGGCGAUCGACGAAGAAGACGCAAAGACGAAGGACUUCCUGAGGCUGGAGCACUUGGAGGGAUACCAUGAGCUCUCCACGAAGACCAAGGUGUUCUUCGCGACGGCGGUAGCCACGUGGGACGCCGAUUUCUACGCCAAGGUUGACGAUGACGUGCAUGUCAAUCUCGGAAUGCUUAUCGCAACCCUUGCUCGACAUCGAACCACACCAAGAGUAUACAUUGGAUGCAUGAAAUCCGAUCAAGUUUUGUUCCAAAAGGAUGCCAAGUAUCAUGAACCAGAGUUUUGGAAGUUUGGAGAGGAAGGGAACAAGUACCUUAGACAUGCCACUGGCCAAAUCUAUGCCAUCUCCAAAGAUCUUGCUUUAUAUAUCUCCAUAAAUGCGUAA